GGCUCCGGUGGCGGCGGCCCCAACGGCAACGGGGCGCACGCCGACCCCCUGGUCGUGGAGACGCAGUCCGGGUCGGUGCGGGGCUUCUCCAAGAACGUACUGAACAGGGACGUGCACGUAUUCUACGGCAUCCCGUUCGCCAAGCCCCCCGUCGGCCCGCUCCGCUUCAAGAGGCCCGUGCCCAUGGAGCCCUGGCAGGGUGUGCUGCCCGCCAACACCCUGCCCAACAGCUGCUUCCAGGAGCGCUACGAGUACUUCCCGGGCUUCGAGGGCGAGGAGAUGUGGAACCCCAACACCAACGUGUCCGAGGACUGCCUCUACCUCAACAUCUGGGUCCCCCAGCGCGUGCGGCUGCGGCACCACGGAAAACAUGCCCGCCCCGACGGCUGCCAAAUCGCGGGCGAGCGGCGGCCGGUGCCGGUGCUGGUGUGGAUCUACGGCGGCGGCUACAUGAGCGGCACCUCCACGCUGGACGUGUACAACGCGGACAUGGUGGCGGCCACCAGCGACGUCAUCGUGGCCUCCAUGCAGUACCGCGUGGGCGCCUUCGGCUUCCUGUUCCUGCCGCCGGGCGCGCGGCCCGACGCCGAGGACGCGGCGGGCAACAUGGGGCUGUGGGACCAGGCGCUCGCCAUCCGCUGGAUCAAGGAGAACAUCGCGGCCUUCGGCGGAGACCCCGACCUCAUCACGCUGUUCGGCGAGAGCGCCGGCGCAGGAUCGGUGAGCCUGCACCUGCUGUCGCCGGUGACGCGGGGGCUGGCGCGGCGCGGCAUCCUGCAGUCGGGCACGCUGAACGCGCCCUGGUCCUUCAUGACGGGCGAGAAGGCGGCCGAGGUGGCGCGCAAGCUCAUCGACGACGUGGGCUGCAACGCCACCAAGCUGCCGGACGCCCCGCUCAAGGUGAUGUCGUGCAUGCGGCAGGUGGAGGCCAAGACCCUGUCCACCAUGCAGUGGAACUCGUACUGGGGCAUCCUCGGAUUCCCCUCGGCGCCCACCAUCGACGGCGUCUUCCUGCCCAAGCACCCGCUGGACCUGCUGCGCGAGGCCGAGUUCGACCAGGACACCGAGAUCAUGAUCGGUUCCAACCAGGACGAAGGCACCUACUUCAUACUGUACGACUUCAUGGAGUCCUUCGACAAGGACACGUCCAGCUUCUUGGCCCGCGACAAGUUCAUCGAGAUCGUCAACACCAUCUUCAAGAACAUGAACCGGCUGGAGAGGGAGGCCAUCAUAUUCCAGUACACGGACUGGGAGAACAUGUCCGACGGCUACCUGAACCAGAAGAUGAUCGGCGAGGUGGUGGGCGACUACUUCUUCAUCUGCCCCACCAACAAGUUCGCCAACAUGUUCGCGGAUCACGGCAUGAGUGUGUACUACUACUACUUUACGCAGCGCACCAGCACCAACCUGUGGGCCGACUGGAUGGGCGUCAUCCACGGCUCCGAGAUCGAGUACGUGUUCGGGCUGCCGCUCAACAUGAGCCUCAUGUACAACGCCCGGGAGCGCGACCUCAGCCUGCGCAUCACCCAGGCCUACUCGCGGUUCGCGCUCACCGGCAAACCCGUGAUGGACGACGUGUACUGGCCGACGUACUCGCGCGACAAGCAGGAGUACUUCAUCUUCAACGCGGAGACGAGCGGCGUGGGCAGGGGGCCGCGCGCCAAGGCCUGCGCCUUCUGGAACGACUUCCUGCCGCGGCUAAGGAACACCUCGGCGUGCACGGCCUGCGACGACGCCCCGACGCUCUCGGCCAACUCGACUUCGGCGCUGAGCGGCGGCGGGCCGCAGCGGGGGGAGCCGCGCUGGGCGCUGGUCCCGCUGCUGCUGGCGCUGGUGCAGCUGCAGCUCUAAGAUGGGCCACUUGUUGAAGAGCUGCGCGACGGACUGCAAGUCCAGGGCAGCGCGGGCCGGGGCGGGGCCGGGCUCCACUCGCCAGGCCCCGAGGCCCGCAAGGCCCCAACCCUUUACCCUGAGCACGGCCGGGCGCCCGGAGACAGCGCUUCAUGUCUACGACGGCCGUCUCGCAGGGCCACUCGCAGGGCGAGUGCGGCGUGUUGUUGUUGUUUAUUGUUGAUGUUGCCUCCCGGGCGGGGAGGUCCAAGCCCAGCAGGGCCAAGCCCAGCAGGGCUUGCCAAGUCCCCGGGCAGCGCGGCGGCCAACCGCUGGACGGCGCCGUACCGCCUGCCCGGCUCGGCGUGCGGACUCGCACGCUCUUUUUAUACGUCACAAAUUUAAGGGUUUGUUAAGCAAAAAAAAAGUUUAUGAAAAAGGGUUCUGAUGUGUGUCUCUCACUCUGUUGUUGUUGUCUGCCACCAACGGCCUCUUGUCUUGUGCUGCGUUGGUGGCCCUCUUCUACUGCCUGUCAUCUAUCUAGCGUCAAUGUCGCUUGUGUGUUCCAGACAACACGUGUAUCUUAGUGAAAAGCUGGCUUCACUCGUGCCUCGCUGCGGCUAAAGGGACUGCGGGGCUGGGCGUUGUGGCAGUGUCCCCCAAAGUCCGAUGAUGCUCUUCUUUAAUAGCUUUUGACUGAUUGGAUGACUACGUUGAUUCCCUCGGCGGCCAACCCCUAGCUCUUAGAUAUUCCUGCAGAAAUUAUUUGAUGUCAUGCGAACGGCAAGUACCCUUUGUUCGAAAUUGAAAAGGAGCACUGCGCCGCGUCAAGCACUCCGGACGCCAUCAGUAACCGGCCAGUCCUGCUGCGGCGUUCGGCUCAGGGAACGCUGCUUCGGGCCUGUCCGGGCCUUCCUCUGGGUAGUAUGCGCUUCAAAAGGUUCCUCUCGCUAAAAUACUGCCACUCGUCCAUGCUCCUGCUGCAAGCGUAGCCACGCCGGGGAACGAAUGGUGUCGUCUUAGAAGGCUGUGGCAUGUUUUGUACUCUUAUACUUGUCAUGUUUUCUUGUCUCAUAAGUUGCGGGAUCGGACCCGGCUGGCGGCAAGGAGCUUUCGGAUUAUUUUUUCUUCUUCAAUAAUUUGGCACUGGGAGGCAGCCACACUGAGAUAGAUGUCGAUUCCCGGCGACUGUGUUUACAGGCCCCGGCCCGCCAGCCGCGUCCUGUGGCCUGGCCGACGGCCUGGCAAACCUGUGCAGUCUUGCCGGGAGAACGAGCACACCAAGUGAAAUGUGACCUGGGUCGCCUGGGCGCGUUUUGUUCUCCCGGCCCGGCCCCCAGCAUUUUUGUGUCAGCAGUGCUACAGACCAAGUAUUGGCACCGGGCGAUUUUUGGUCGCCUUUCACAUAGCGCAGUACACUGCAAAAAAAUCAAACAAGUGAUCAAUCAUUUUUCAACAUACCAACAAUUUGUUUUCAUAGACGAUUUGCAGUGUACUUGCGAGACCGUGGCUGCAUGUUGCGUCCGCAGGUUUACGCUCGUAGGUUUAUUUUACUAACCACCCUGUUCGCACAAGCAAGGGAUCAAACUGUGAAACAUCGUCCGAGGAGACCAGACUCCCGUCCCCAACGUGACACUCACGUGACACUGGUGACACUGGUGACACUGGUGACACUGGUGACACGCCCCGCGGGGGACGAGAAUCCUUCCUCUACCGGUGUGCUUUAGCCCGUGCGCCACACUUUUGCGCGUUACACUUUUGUGCGUGCACUAUGCAGUGCGUCUUUUCGCGCGCUUUUCGCGCAUGUGAAUCUGGACACUGUUGCCAACCAAACUCGUCGCUACCUCGACGUGCCCGUAAUGAAGCCUCCUCAUCUUCACUUCCGAGCAACUUUAUUUGUUUGUAGAAUCUGUGCGUGUAUGUGUGUGUGUGUGUGUGUGUGUGUGUGUGUGCGAGUGAGGAAGUGGCCAACAGGUUGGUACCACUGCUGAUGAAAGGGACAGUUGUGGGCUGGACAGUAACUAUGCGUGCCCCGCAUUCUUAUAUAAGUAUUGUGAUAUAUUGCGAAAUGUUUGGCGCACUGCUUUUGUGUAGACGAAACACUGUCGCUACUUAUAGAUUACGUAUUGGACUUGCGCGGCGCAUGCUCCGUCUCUUCCUUCGUAGCAACGUGUGUCGAAACAUAUCAUUUUGCAAGUAAACAUGCAACCAAGUGUAGUAUACAAAUACCGCCUUUGUAAGGUUAUAUUCUGUAUUAUAUUUGUACCAUAGCACAGUUCAAUUUUCCUUUAGUGAUUUGACGGGCCAAGUUGGGAAGACUUAUUUUACACCGACAUUUUCUUGAUGAACUGGGUUGAAGUCGGAUAACUUAUCUGAGGGAGGGGGAGGGGGGAUUUCCAGCAAGCUGACUUGCAUUCUGAUUGGUCGAUCAUGACUGGAAUUGGAAUGGCAAAUGUAGUAGGUCUACUGCUCUAGAGACUCGAUUAAACAUAUCAUUUUUUGUAAAAACCAAAAAGAAUUAUAAUAAUCUUUAAGUUUGACACGUUGUGAGGUGGCCACACUCUUUGAUCUCUUUGCUCUGGUCUUGUGAGCUUACCUCUUCCCCGUAGAUAUUAACAGCCUACGAUACGGUCUAAGCCGUUCCUUUGCGCUACCAUGUGUAGCUCUUGUAACAGGUACAUAUCACGUCAACAUAUCAUAUUACAUGGGCAAGAUACUAGCUGUACUAUUGUACAAUUCACUUUCUCAGAUGUGAUGAUCACUGCGAUUUGGUAAUUAAUAGAGAUAGGGAGUGUGUCUGUGUGAUUUAGCUGGUGACCGUUUGUGCUUUUGUGUGCCCGGACCGAGCCCGCCAAGCCCCUGUGGAUCGGUAGGCGCCUCUCCCGUCACAGGCAGUGGGUGAAGAAGGAAAUUAAGUGGGACCAAACUUGGUACGAGCUCUGGGCCUCCUUCACCCUGUUGAUGAACUAACUUUGGGCAACAAAACCACGACUGUCGAUUGGUGCCUUUAAGAACCGGUCCGUCUAAACUUUUCCCACCUCUGACGGCGCACUGCUGUCGGAUGAAUCUGACAAACAUUAAGCUGUUUCGGCUAUUAUUAAAAGCACCCACAAAAAUAUGGCUUCUUCGGAUCGGUCCGCGGCUUUUUGAGCAGCUCGCCUCGCCUUUGGUAGUCCUUUGUCGAUGUGCUUUCUCUGGGCGUGCGGAAUGGUGAUCAGAGCUGCGAUGCUCGCCAAUAACUGUCGGAUACUUUGAUAUAGACUUUAGGCCUAGUACAGUGCUCAGUAUAGACAAUCUUGUACCUGUAGGCCCCCGUAGCCUUCACGACUCACGCACCCCUUGCGUCCCUUGCGCCCUCGCGGCCCGCCGACCGAACAGGGAAGGCCAUCCUUUAGCCCCUAUCGCGUGUCCCAAAGGAGCCACACGCAGUUCCACGUCUCGGCCUAAAAAAAAUCCUGCAGUCGGUCUUAUUAUUCUGAGUACAAAUUUUGUCUCGUUGGGGCACGAAUAAAAUUUAAAACAUCCAGGAAGGCGAAAUUUAUUUUUAUGCUUCAGUUUGAAAUUCAGAUGCGUAUACCCGCUCAAGCCAAGUAUUUGCACGUCCAUGUGGCGUUCCUUUUGCAGUAGAAGAAUCUGUAGUUAAUUUUAAAAAAUUAUUGGAAAAUUCUAAAAUAUUGUUGCCACGAGAUUUGCAUUGUGUUUUCUUCAGGGGGUGCGUGGUGUCUGUAGUACGUGGGGGGCACCCUUAGUACCUCGCGAAUGGGUGCGACAUUUCAAAAUGAAUAACACUUUAUAUGCGUCUUUACCCAAAGGCAAGAUAACGUGAAUCUGAAAUACUAUUUUUCAACUUUUGCACUCGUAAUGAUUAUUACUGUAUUUAAUUGAAUGUAGGGAGAUGAUUUUCUUUGCUUUGUACACUUUUUACGGUGAACUUUUUUUUGUGGAUCAAUGUAAUGUAAACUUUUCAGCAAGCAGGAACACCACUGUCCUAAUUGUGUAGAGUGACAACACUGUUUCGUACCUGUCAAUGUUUCAAUGUGAAUCGUCCUGCAACGUAUUUCUAACUGUGCCGGGAGCUCCGUUAUAAAAGCUUCAUUGUUUUCCCCCGCUGUAAACGAACGGAGCGUUCCUCUGCCGCCUCGCUUCAAGAGACGCUUGACGAUCAAAGCUAGCAGUGCAAUAAGUUUAGUAUAAAUGUCAUGUCAAAAAUGGGCAAAUAAUGCUUCGUGUGUUCAGUCUGUAUACCAAAUACCUAUCGUUUGUGCUUUAAUGUGAAAAAAAUGAAAUUUACAUAUCAUGAAAUACAUAUCAAUUGUAUAGUGGCCUACUA